AUGUCCGACUAUCCCAACUACUAUCCACCGCCUGGCCCUCCGCCGGGUUCCAACAUGAACCAGCCACCAUCAAGCUAUCCUCCGUACUAUCAGGGACCUCCCAACGCAGGUCACCAGCAAUCCAUCUAUCCACCUGCAGCAGGUCCUUCUGGCUUUCAGGGACCACCAAGUUACUACCCUCGCAUAGGCUUCACCAGACUUCCCGCCAGGUUCCACAUCUGGAAUGUCAUGACCAGCGGAGGUACAAGCUGUCUCGAACUUGGGCCUCAGCUCAAAGGCCCAGUAGCCUACUCUGCAAAGAUGUUCUCUAGCAGCAGACUCAAGAUCAAAGAGGGGCCAUAUGCAUCUGAGAAUUUACCUAUCUGCACUAUAGAGAGUCGGCAUACCUUCAGUAGCAAGAGCACCAUCACUUUUGAUAGCUUUCAAGCCAACCUUGUGGAGACGAGCAUGUUUAACGAUGGCGCUACCUGGCCGUUUGAUGUUGAGGUUAAUGGCACCUCUCAAAGGUGGCAGUGGCGAAAAAAGAAGACACAAAAAACAUCAACUCUGUGGCAGAUCAUCGAAGCAUUUUCUGACAGCGACUUUGGAAGCUGGGAGCUUGUACCUGUUGUAGGCCAGGGCUGGCCUAUUGCUACUUUUGAGGCAUCUGGAGGAAAUACCUUUGAGGAUAACGCAGCACUGGGUGUAUUUGAGUUUUACGGUCCUGCAGCUGUUGGACAAUUAGGUGACAUCUUUUCAAAUGUGUCUAUCGCUAUCCUCUUGCGUAUUAUAUCGCAACAUUACUUCGGUAGAAUCGCGUCGUUGGCAGGCUCAUAG